UUGACAGAAAGCAAAUGAUAGGCUUCAAAUGUUUAAAAAUAUUAAAUAACACGCCGUUAUUGUUACUUUUAACGUCUUUAUCUUUGUUUUAACUUCAUAUUAGUAGCGGAAACAAUAACAAAUUAGAGUGAAAAAGCUGUGAUACGGUUAAAUAAAGUUUCACAUUUUUUAAAACGUAAUUAGAAAAAGAUGAAUAAAAUUUGUGAAAUUUGCCAAAAAGAAGCACGUUAUAAAUGCCCAAUUUGUUUAAUAUUUUAUUGUUCAGUUCCUUGCUGUAAAAAACACAGAGAAAACAAAUGCAAUGUUCUUCAGCGAGACGAGGAAACUGAAGAAGCUAACUUGAUCGUGAAGAGAAGAAAAAUUGAAACUGUAACAGAAGAUACAGUAGCUGAUGAUAAAUUGAAACUAUUAGCCACUAAUGAGGAAUUGAACAAUCUAUUAGCAAAUAGUCACCUCAGAAAUCUCCUAGUAACCAUAGAUCAGGCCGAAAGCGCAGACGAAGUUAUGCAGAAAGCCAUGCAGGAACCAAUUUUUGUAGAAUUCGCUGAUGCCUGUCUUAAAGUCGUUGAAAACAAAACCACUGAGGAAAAUACUUAAAAAAUUUGAGUUAAUGCUUAAGUUAUAUUGUAGGUUCUCGGAUUUUAUGUAAGAUUGAUACUAUGUAUAUGAAAAUCGUGACGAUUUAUUCGUGUAAUAAUUUGAAACUAUAUUGUUAUAAGAGUGCCCUAUUCGUGUUAUUUGAUGAUUUAAAGAGCGACAUCUUGACAAAAACCCAUUUUUAUUAGAUUUAAAAGUGAUAAUACAUUUUAUUAUAUUCCAGAAAAUAGUUUGUUUUUAAAUCAGAAAAUAUUUAGGUGAAAAAUGUUUAUAUUGAUAAUCGAAUGUUUGGUCCAUAAAGAGGAAUGAGGUAAGUUAAAACGGCAUACAUUGGCU